UGAUCAUCCAAUGGCUGGACCAUCAUCGACUGCCGCUGCUCCUGCCAAGAAGCCGACGCCGCUGCCCGUCAAGCUCUAUCUCGCUGCGUACAACCUCGUCCAGGCUGCAGGAUGGUCGUACAUUCUGUACUUGAUGAUCGAUCACUACUUUGUCCAACAGAAGAGCUACAACACGCUCUAUCCCGUGGUCGAGCAGGCGCUGGCCAUCUUCCAAACCGGAGCCAUCCUCGAGAUCAUCCAUGCCAUCGUCCGCUUCGUCAAGUCCCCCGUUGCCAUCACGUUUGUGCAGGUCUACUCUCGCGUCUUCCUUGUUUGGGGCAUUGCCCACAGCGUGCCAGAGACCCAACCCCACUGGGCCUUCACCCUGAUGCUGACUGCCUGGACCGUCACGGAAAUCAUUCGCUACCUGUACUACUUUUUCAACCUGUUCGGCUCGGUUCCGUACAUUCUGACCUGGUGCCGCUACACGUUCUUCUACGUUCUCUACCCGAUGGGCGUCUCGGGCGAAGUGAUCAUGAUCUUCCAGGCCAUGCCCGUGGUCGAGCGCAACAAGCUCUUCAGCACCGAGCUUCCCAACUGGUACAACUUUAGCUUUAGCUACUACUACUUCCUGAUUGUGAUGGCAAUCACCUACGUUCCCGGUUUCCCGCCGCUCUACCAGUACAUGAUCAAGCAGCGUCGCACCAUCAUCGGCGGCAAGACAGACAAGCGCAAGUCCGAGUAAGAGCUCAAGACGUUUGUGUGCGCGCGUUUUUGAUGCUUUUUGUGUUUUGUCGUGGGUAUUCCCAAUCCAUUUCAAACCGCUUUCCACAACAAGGCUCAAUCUACUGUAGUACAAAUCCAUAUCCAUCAU